GCGUGCUCGUCCAUUUGGAGGGUCCAUCGGCGUGUUGAGAGUUGUGAGUUCGCGCACGGAACAGAAACACACACACACACACACACCGGCACCAUGGCUGAGGGAGUCGUCAGCUUCUUGAAGGAUUUCCUGGCAGGUGGAGUGGCCGCGGCUAUCUCCAAAACAGCCGUGGCACCCAUCGAGAGGGUCAAACUGCUGCUGCAGGUCCAGCAUGCCAGCAAACAGAUCACUGCCGAGAUGCAGUACAAAGGCAUCAUCGACUGCGUGGUGAGGAUUCCCAAGGAGCAGGGCUUCCUCAGUUUCUGGCGUGGAAACCUGGCCAAUGUGAUCCGGUACUUCCCGACUCAGGCUCUCAACUUUGCCUUCAAGGACAAGUACAAGAAGCUGUUCCUUGGCGGUGUCGACAAGCACACCCAGUUCUGGCGCUACUUUGCCGGCAAUCUGGCAUCAGGUGGUGCUGCCGGUGCCACAUCACUCUGCUUCGUGUACCCACUGGAUUUCGCUAGGACCCGUCUGGCUGCUGAUAUUGGCAAAGGGGCCGCUGAGAGAGAGUUUACCGGCCUGGGCAACUGUCUUGCCAAGAUCUUUAAGUCAGAUGGCAUCAGGGGGCUCUACCUCGGCUUCAACGUGUCUGUCCAGGGCAUCAUUAUCUACAGAGCCGCCUACUUCGGUAUCUACGACACCGCUAAAGGCAUGCUGCCAGACCCCAAGAACACACACAUCAUCAUCAGCUGGAUGAUUGCCCAGACCGUCACUGCCGUGGCUGGUAUCAUUUCCUAUCCCUUUGACACUGUCAGACGUCGUAUGAUGAUGCAGUCAGGACGCAAAGGAGCCGACAUCAUGUACAAGGGCACAGUGGACUGCUGGAAGAAGAUCAUCAAGGAUGAGGGACCUAGAGCUUUCUUCAAGGGUGCCUGGUCGAAUGUGCUGAGAGGCAUGGGUGGAGCUUUUGUGCUUGUCCUCUAUGACGAGAUCAAGAAGUUCACAUAAAAUGUUAAAUCCUUCAGGUCCAUCUUAGCAGAAAGGAGACCCUCAGUGCUGUGAAUGUCUUAAAUCAGGCUAGAUGUGUGCGAGAGUGUGCCGAGUGUCUGAGAGUCGAGAGGAACUACUUUAUUGUCCGCUCCUAAACCUGUGUAAAUAUAUUUAAUCCCAACCCCACCCACAUCUCUGAUUACGACUGUCCUCUCAGGUCUGAUUAUUCUCGGUAUGCAAAGAUUGUUUUGGUUCGUUUAUAAUAUUUGUUCCAUUUAGAAAAAAACAAAACACGAGCACCUCUGGGGCCGGGGGAGCCCUGUUAAUGAAAGAUUCAUGUGCCUGUACACCGGAAAAGUGUUCUUUUAAUAAAAAUAAACUUGAAAAUACCCA